AUGCCGACGUCUCCUGUUAAAACGCGUAUUCCGCUCACUAGUUUCGGCCACCUGAUAACAGAGGUGAAGAGACAACUAUUUGGUAUCGAGGCGCCAGCGUCGGUGGAGCUGACCGGUUUGAAAAAGUACUUCAACAGCUACACAAUGCAGGGACGCCGAAAUUGUGUCUUGGCUACUUACGGCAUCCUCCUGGCAACAGCGACAGCCUAUUUCAUGCACCGGCAGAAUAAAAAAGAAGCUCCGAAGAACUGCGAAGCCUGA